UCACAUUUUAAGGGGAAUUUCAGAUGCCACGUGGCACACAGAUGGACCCAACCAGAUUAUUAUACUCACCAAUCUUGCAUUGAAGGGUUACUGGCAACGAAAAAAUAAAAUCCUAUUUAGGUUGUGUUCUUAUGCGACUUUGUUUUGGUCGCAUUGGCAUUUACAAAGCAAGAGUUGAUACUUUAGACUGGACCAUCUCUCCUGUACAUUGGUGAAUUGGUUGUUCUUAGCAAUUAUUUUGCCGUCAUUAAUUACAUGCCUAGAUAUCCCCGAGGCCCAGAAUCCUUUAGGCCAUUGUUCCGGGUUACAUAUUUCUUGCUCCGGCUUGUAGGAACUCCAGAAUCCAGUCACAGCUUUUGAGUUUUGAGCAGCCAUAUCCAUGGAAGCUCAGAGGGUGGUGUUGAUCCAGGAUGCAUCAAAGGAAGUCAGUCCAGGUGCUAUCAGGUGGGCACUGCACGGCUUAUCACUGAAGCCUGGAGAUGUGUUCAUCCUCGUAGGAAUUCUUCAGCAGGUUAAUAACCCUAUGGGAUACAAAAGCAGAGUGGAUUCACAUCCAAUCAUCGGAACCAACCAGAGAAUUGUUGCCCUAGAAAAAGCAAGGAAGAGGGAAGAAUACGAGAACAAUGUGGAACUUGUUCAGAUUGCUAAAAUGUACGAAAUCCAGAAGGUUGAAUUUAAGAUAGAGGUGGCAAGCGGACCUUCACCAAGUGCAAUUGCAUUAGAAAUGGCAGGAAAUCUGAAGGCCACAUGGGUGAUACUUGACAGGCAGAUGAAAAAAGACAGAAUGUACUUCCUGGAGAACCUUUCAUGUGGAAUAUCGAGGAUCAAGCGUGAUAACAAGAUUAAGCAAUUGAGAGGACCCAGAGCAAUGAAAAGUAACAAGUUUAUAGGUGACGAAAGACGUAACAGCAAAUUCACUUACGAUGAAAUGGUGCCAGGACUCCCAGAAGAGAAAGAUCUUUUCAGCGUUGAACUGCUGCCAACAGGCCAAACAGAAGAUGGUCAAGCAAGUGAGGUUCAAGAAUUGACACAAAGCAACAGCACCAAUGACACCAUGAAGCAAAUAAAAUCUAAGCAAAUGCUUAAAGAGUCAACAUGCGUCAUCUGCAAUAAUCGACAGCCAAAUACAGGAUGGAGAACAGACUUCACGUACGCUGAAAUCCAAGCUGCGACAGACUGGUUUUCAAGAAAGAACUCUCCGUCCAUAGGACUUGGAUUUUCUUUCAGAGGUCAGCUAAAAUGUGGGCAAGAAAUUUUCGUUAAACAAUAUCAAGUUUUAAACUCUAUAGAAGAAGAGAAAUUUGAUUCUGAAGUCCACAAAUUCAGCAAAGCUAGACAUAAAAACAUAACCAAGCUGCUGGCAGCAUGUAAGGAAGGAAAUGACAGGCUGCUUGCAUACGAGUAUGUGUGCAAUGGUUCUCUUGACCAACAUCUAUCAAAGCCCCUGGCUUGGAUGGAAAGGACAACAGUACUGCUGGGUGCAUCCAGGGGUCUCAACUACUUACAUGAAAGCAACAUAGUUCACAAAAAUAUAAGAACAAGUAACAUUCUUCUAAAACAUGAUUUUGAACCACUGCUUGGAGAUUUUGGGCUUCCAAGCACACAAUUGCAUCAUAUCUCAGAGGGAACAACAGCUAGAAUUUCUCAAUACUUGGCACCAGAAUAUGGAGAGAAAAGGAAAUUCUCAACACAGACAGAUGUUUACGCCUUUGGCGUGGUUGUGCUGGAGGUGAUCACAGGCAUAAAGACUACAGACAUGAUACAAGGGGAAAAGAGCCUUGUGGAAUGGGCAACACCACUACUGAAAGAAAGAAGGUACCUUGAGUUAAUUGAUCCCAGAAUCGCCAAGUCUCAUGAUGUCUACCAACUCUUCUGGAUGGCUCGAGUGACACAGAAGUGUCUAAGCAAGAAUCCUAAGAAAAGAUUGACCAUGGAUAAGGUGGUCUCUGCUUUGGAAGAAAUCAUAGAAAGGAAAUCGAGUCACGUACUCGAAGAAUUAUUUCCGACGAAAUGGUAUUCCGGACGAGGGAUCUCGAACUGGAAUGGCUUACGAGGGUUUGGAAAAGCAACUGAAGACGUAAGCUUCACGAGCCACAGCAGAUCUUCAUCCACCUCUUCAACAUCAUCAACCACAAACAAAAUUUCUCUUCGUAGAUCGAAAUCGGAAAGCAGAGGUAGAGUUCUCUACGCAGAAAUGCUCAACUGACCCGUUGGGAAGCGGUUUUUUUUGUCGUUGAGAUUUUAAGUAAUUAAGAUUAUAUAGUAAUAAUUAUGGGCCUGAAGUUUGGUCCCUAGCCCAAUUAGUGGGCUCCUCACGAGGCCCCCGAGUGUUACUUGGGCUUCUAUUUUAGACGAAGAAAAAACUCCGAAUACUAAUACGGUGAUGCAUCGAUGGUCCAUGCAGUAUGAGUAAUGCUAGUGUCUUAAUAUUGUGCC